CUUCAACCACCACCAACAAACGAAAAUGGUCGCAGGCGUUCAGAUUCAUUCAAAGGUCGCCGAUAAGGCCCAGUCCGUUAUCCUCACCGAGGACGCCCUCCAGUUCCUCGCUGCUCUUCACCGUACCUUCGAGUCGACCAGGCAAUCUCUCCUCGUCGCCCGCCAAGAUGCCCAGCGCACGUAUGACGCUGGUGUUUCUCUCGAUUUCCCUCCAGAAACCGCGCAUAUUCGCAAGGAGCCUUCAUGGCACUGCGCUCCUCCAGCGCCAGGUCUCGAAGACAGACGGGUAGAAAUCACUGGCCCAACUGACCGUAAGAUGGUCAUCAACGCGCUCAAUAGUGGUGCCAAAACGUUCAUGGCCGAUUUCGAAGAUUCGAGCUCCCCGACUUUCGCCAAUAUGGUCAAUGGACAACUCAACUUGCGUGAUGCUGUUAGGAGGCAGAUUGACUUCGAGUCCAAUGGAAAGGCAUACAAGCUUGGUGAGAAACUGGCCACCCUCAUUGUCCGCCCGCGAGGAUGGCACUUGGACGAACCUCGUGUGACAGUCGACAAUUCUCCCGUCUCCGGUUCUCUCUUCGACUUCGCACUCUACUUUUUCCACAAUGCUAAAGAGCUCGUCAAGCGUGGCUCGGGUCCCUAUUUCUACCUACCCAAAAUGGAGCACUACCUCGAGGCACGGGUCUGGAACGACGUCUUCCAGUUCUCCCAAUCCUACAUUGCCAUCCCACACAGCACCAUCCGUGCUACCGUUCUCAUUGAAACUAUCCCUGCCGCGUUCCAAAUGGAGGAGAUCCUUUUCGAAUUGAGGAACCACUCUUCUGGACUUAACUGUGGCAGAUGGGAUUAUAUUUUCAGCUUCAUCAAGAAGCGUCGUGCUGACCGCAAGGCCAUCCUUCCCGACCGAAAGGACGUGACGAUGACCGUCGGCUUCAUGGAUGCGUAUGUCAGGCUACUGAUCCAGACUUGUCACAAGCGAAAGGUUGCUGCUAUGGGUGGAAUGUCUGCUCAGAUCCCCAUCAAAGAUGACCCGAAGGCCAACGAAAUUGCUAUGGAGAAGGUCCGGGCUGAUAAGUUGCGCGAAGUUACAGCUGGACACGAUGGAACAUGGAUUGCCCACCCUCUGAUUAACAAGAUUGCCAUGGAAGUUUUCAACAAGUACAUGCUCGGUCCGAACCAGUAUCACGUUCGCCGCGAGGAAGUUCGAGUUGCCGCCGCCGACCUCUUGAAUACCAACGUUCCCGGGGAGAUUACCACCGAAGGUGUCCGCUCCAACAUUACUACCUCGCUGGCCUACACUGCCGCAUGGAUUGGCGGUAAUGGCUGCAUUCCUUUCAAUUAUCUCAUGGAAGACGCUGCAACCGCCGAGAUCACUCGUGUUCAAUUGUGGCAAUGGGUUAAAUAUCAAUGUCGGCUGGACAGCGGUGAGCUGAUUACCAAGGAGUUGAUUGACGCUUGGGUGGAUGAGCUUGCUCCUGGGAUCAAGAAAUUGGCUCCUGGGGUGAGGGACGGAGACGUUAUCAUCGCCAAGGAUUACUUGAAGAACCAAGUUCGAGGAGAGUGGCCGAGUGAGUUUUUGACGAGCGACUUGAUGCCAUACCUUGCUACGAGGGAUGGUGUCGAAGCCAGGUUCGUGAAGGCGGCGCUGUAAUAAAUGGGACUUUUUUUGUGGUUUUUUUUUCCUACGUGCACUUGUCAAGGUUCUUAUCAUAGCAUUCUUUUCUCUUCUCAAUUAGUUGUAUCAUCCGUGGUUACUUGUUCGAUGAAUCGAUAUGUA